GUGCAUUUAUGACCUGUAUUGGUAUGACCUUUUUAAUAUUGGCUUGUGCUGUGCCACAACCGAAGAUUUUUUAUCCCUUCUUUGUUUUAAUAUUCUACGUCAUUUCCGUGAUACCAAUGAUGCUGGCGAAACGCUUGUCACCCGGUUCUGAAACAAAUCCAAAAACCGAGUUCGCGUUGUUCCUAACCUCGGGAAUGGUAUUAAGUUCUUUUGCACUGCCCAUUGUAUUGGCUCAUAGU